UGAGUCAAAGGGACGAACGCUGCUGCUUGUUCAAUUUAGCUCUAGAACGUACCAUUCAAAGUGCGGGCUUCAACAUCCAAGGACCGAUAUUCACCCUUUUUUUCUAAUUCUUUCGUUUGGCAGAUAGUAUCGACAUCAUCAGACGACGGUGUGUGAAGCGUAUAGUGUUAGCUUCAGCUGCAACUAACCCUGAUAUCUACAAUAACUGAUUGUGGUUUCAGAAACUCCAACAUACAUUCCAAACCUCAACUGUUUUACACAGAAAUCAGGGGGCGAGAUUAAGUCUCCCUUCCACCAUUAUUAUCUCGUUACGUUGAACCAAUUUUAAUCGAUUUGUUUUAACAUUAUCAUUCUGCUGAUUGCUGCAAGAAUGACGAAGGAAGACCACCCAGGGAUCUCUGUUAUGCGGUGGCCGGCUCCCGAAAGCAACUAGUUUGAAGUUUGUUUUCGCACGUUCGCCAGAUAACCUGCUGUUAUGUUAAAGGAAAAUCCCGGUCACUAAACGGGAACAUACGCACGGGCCUGAUAAAGGAUAAGCGGGAUAAGAGUAGAAACGUAUGUCCAGUGAUUGGAAACCAAACCAAUCGUACGCGCCCUUUUCUAAUGGACAUGUUUAUGUACCCCCCCGUCGAGGUUCGAUAAAGCUUAUCUGGUCGGGUGGAUAAGCGAAAUAUCAUCGAAUGGGUUAAGUCCCGGCAGCGUAUAUAAGACGAUUGCCAUCUGCGGCAGCCACAGCUGAUAUACCUGGACACGGUGUAGUUUGUUCUGUGUCGGAAGGAUGUUUAAGUUUGUGGUAAUUUUAUCGCUAGUGGCCCUUGCGGUACACGCGCAAGAUGCGUCUCGGCCAAUUAUCAAUACCAGCGGUGGACAGAUCCAAGGUAUCACAUCUAGCUGUGGGUUGUUCUGCAGCUACUUCGCCUUCAAUGGAAUCCCGUACGCAGCGCCGCCGGUAGGUGAUCUACGGUUCCGCAACCCUCGACCGCACGGUGGCUGGCAGGGUGUGAAGGAUGGUAGUGAGCAUCGUAAUACCUGUCCAUCGGGAGGCUUCCUUGGUGGUGUGUCCGGAAGUGAGGACUGUCUGUACCUGAACGUGUACACCCAGAACUUGAUCGGACAGCGACCGGUAAUGGUUUGGAUUCAUGGUGGAUCGUUUACUGGUGGAUCCGGUAACUCGUGGAUCUACGGCCCAGACAACCUGAUGCCGGAGGAUGUGGUAGUCGUAACGAUUAACUAUCGAUUGGGCAUUCUUGGAUUCUUCAGCACGGACGAUGUCCAUGCGGCCGGUAACUGGGGCAUGAAGGAUUGCGUGAUGGCCCUCCAAUGGGUGCGCCAGAAUAUUGCCGCCUUCGGUGGUGAUCCGAACAAUGUCACCAUCUUCGGCGAGAGUGCUGGCGGUACUGCCGUGCACUAUCUCGUCCUGUCGGACAAGGCUAGUGGUUUGUUCCACAAGGCCAUCGCACAGUCCGGUACCGCGCUCGUCCCAUGGGGCUUCCAGUAUCGUCCGCGAGAGUUAGCCUACCGAUUGGCCGAUAGACUCGGUUACUCACACGACAGUGCUCAGCUGGUACAGAGUCUGCGUAACACUCCGAUCGAGACGCUCAUAGACAUUCAGGAAGGUUGGCUGGACAUUGAGAUCCCGCGUGGUUUCAAACCGUUUGACUUUGUGCCAAAUGCGGAACCGGUCAACUCGCCCGAGGAAACCUUCCUCACGCAGUUGCCGAUCGACAUCAUGAACGCGGGUACGUUCAACCACGUGCCAUUCAUUGCCGGGUACAUGAGCAUGGAGAGUCUGUUCAUGGUGUACGAGCACACGAUCGACAGCACUGUGUGGGAUUCGUUCACGCGCAAUCCGGACUACUUCGUGCCACACUUCUGGAACAUCCCGCACGGUACGGCGGCUUCGGCUGCGGUCAGCCAGGGCAUCCGGAAUGCUUACUGGCAGGAUCGUACGCUCAACGACAAUAUCAUGGUCGAGUGGUUAACGUUCCAUACCGACCAGCAGUUCAUCUACGCCAUCGACAAGACGAUUCGACUCCACGCUCAGCGCUCCAGUGCCCCAACGUACUACUAUCAGUUUAGCUUCGAUGGUGAUCUGAAUCUGGUUAAGCGCGUUCUGCUACUCGGUAGCUGGCCUGGUGCGAUGCACGCCGACGAUAUCCCAUACCUGUGGUCAGUCACGGACCUUACCAUCUCGCCCAUCCUGCCGACGAACCACGCACGUACGGUCAGCAAUCGGUUCGUCCGUAUGUUUACCAACUUUGCCCGGUUCGGCAAUCCCACCCCGAAUGCGGUCGACACACUGCUCCAGAACCGCCAGUGGCUGCCGGUAACUGCCGCAAGCGUGCCGUACAUGGACAUUGGACACGAUCUUGUGACGGGCGUUAACCCGAACGGACAGCGUACCGCUGUGUGGCGCGAUCUUGAAGCUCGCUAUGCUAACGAACCUUUCCGCUUCCCACGAAACUAACGCUUGUUCAAGGGGAACAUUUUGUAUCCGUUUUGGGCAAACCUUCAACUCAACUAAUCUGAUAGCUGUAUAAGCGAUAGAGAGCAUUAAAUGCAUUAUUAAAAGACUUGAUUUUUCAUUACACGU